UCUGGUUUUCUUUUAUGUCCUCUAGGGUUCCUGAGCUGGAAGAUGCCCGUCUAAGAUGGAAACUUCUGCUUCAACAACUGCUGGGAAAAAAGAAGGGAAAGGUGCUGUUCUGGAGGGGAAUGGCUUUACAGAGACGGGGAAGAAACCCUCUCCUUUAACAGCAGCAGGAGCGGCAGUGGCACAAGGAGUGCCGCAGCACAUUUUUCCGGCCUUCCACGCUCCUUUGCCAAUUGACAUGCGCCACCAGGAAGGACGAUACCAUUACGAACCUCACUCUAUCCACGCCAUCCACGGGCCUCCUCCUCUGAGUGGCAGCCCCGUCAUCUCGGACAUCUCCCUGAUCCGCCUGUCUCCACACCCYGCCGGGCCUGGCGAGUCGCCCUUCAGCCCCCCGCACCCCUACGUGGCCCCRCACAUGGAGCAUUACCUGCGCUCUGUGCACAGCAGCCCCACGCUCUCCGUCAUCUCUGCUGCCAGGGGCCUCAGCCCCGCUGACGCAGUGGCUCAUGAGCAUCUGAAGGAACGAGGCCUCUUCGGGCUGCCCCCGCCACCACCGGGAGCCAACCCCGCUGACUACUACCACCAAAUGACGCUGAUGGCCGGCCACCCAAACCCCUAUGGGGACCUCCUCAUGCAGGGCGGGGGAGCAGCCAGCACAGCCCACCUCCACGAUUACCUCAGCCCCGUUGAUGUGUCCCGGUUUUCGAGCCCGCGGGUGACUCCGAGAUUGAGCCGAAAACGAGCCCUGUCUAUCUCCCCGCUCUCCGAUGCCAGCAUUGAUCUCCAGACAAUGAUCAGGACCUCCCCAAACUCUCUUGUGGCAUAUAUCAACAACUCCAGAAGCAGCUCAGCGGCGAGUGGCUCCUAUGGCCAUUUAUCUGCUGGGACGAUCAGUCCAGCRUUCAGUUUCCCCCACCCGCUUAACCCCGUGACGUACCAGCAGAUCCUGACRCAGCAAAGGGGCCUGAGCUCAGCCUUUGGACACACUCCUCCCCUGAUCCAGCCGUCCCCAACCUUCCCCCCRCGGCAGCACAUGGCAGUCAUCUCCGUCAACCCAUCGCCAGCACAGAGCAUUAGCAACAGCAACUGCAUCUCCGACUCCAGCCAGAGCAAGCAGAGCAGUGAGUCGGCCGUGAGCAGCACCGUCAACCCAGUCAUUAACAAGCGCAGCAAAGUCAAGACUGAAGUUGAGGGCUUGCCCCCAGUGUCCCCAAACACACAGGAGCAUCUGACAGACCUGAAAGAAGAUCUUGAUAAGGAUGAAUGUAAACAGGAGCCCGAGGUUAUUUAUGAGACUAACUGUCACUGGGAAGGGUGCACAAAGGAAUAUGACACUCAAGAGCAGCUCGUCCAUCACAUCAACAAYGAUCACAUCCACGGGGAGAAGAAGGAGUUUGUGUGCCGCUGGCAGGACUGCACRCGGGAGCAGAAGCCCUUCAAGGCUCAGUACAUGUUGGUGGUGCACAUGCGAAGGCACACGGGGGAGAAGCCGCACAAGUGCACGUUUGAGGGUUGCUCCAAAGCCUAUUCCCGCCUGGAGAACUUAAAGACACACCUGAGGUCSCACACUGGAGAAAAACCUUAUGUCUGUGAGCACGAAGGCUGCAAUAAAGCCUUUUCCAAUGCCUCAGACAGAGCCAAGCACCAGAACAGGACACAUUCCAAUGAGAAACCCUACGUCUGUAAAAUCCCUGGCUGCACGAAGCGGUACACGGACCCCAGCUCCCUCAGGAAACACGUCAAGACGGUGCACGGGCCUGACGCUCACGUCACCAAGAAGCAGCGCAAUGACGUUCACCCGAGGCCACCUCCGCUCAAGGAGAAUGGGGACAAUGAGGCGAGCGCCAAGCAGAGCAGCAAGGUUUCAGAGGAGAGCCCCGAGGCCAACAGCACCACGAGGAGCAUGGARGAUUGCUUACAAGUCAAAACUAUUAAAACGGAGAAUUCUGUGAUGUGUCAGUCCAGUCCUGGUGGCCAGUCGUCAUGCAGCAGUGAGCCAUCACCCCUUGGCAGCACCAACAACAAUGACAGUGGAGUAGAAAUGAACAUGCACAGCGGGGGAAGUCUGGGAGAUCUGACGGCGUUGGAUGACARCGCUCCUGUCGUGGACUCAACGGUCUCAUCUGGUAACUCGGCAGUCAGCCUGCAGCUGAGGAAACACAUGACGACGAUGCAACGACUUGAACAGCUCAAGAAAGAGAAACUCAAGACAGUUAAGGAUUCCUGCUCAUGGGUGAGCCCAGCUCCACAAGCCAGAAACACCAAGCUGCCUCCCAUCUCAGGCAAUGGCUCUGUUCUAGAAAACAGUGGUGGUUCUUCUGCUAUGCUGCCUAACCCCAGAAUAAUGGAGCUGUCUGUCAACGAGGUCACGAUGCUGAACMAGCUCAACGAGCGCCGUGACAGCACAACAAGCACCGUCAGCUCUGCCUACACCGUCAGCCGCCGCUCGUCGGGGAUCUCCCCGUACUUCUCCAGCCGCCGUUCCAGCGAGGCUUCGCAUCUCGGGCACCGCCCCAAUAACACGAGCUCUGCYGACUCCUACGACCCCAUCUCCACGGAUGCCUCGCGCCGCUCGAGCGAGGCGAGCCAGUGCAGCGGGAUGCCGGGUCUGCUGAACCUCACACCAGCUCAGCACUACAGGCUGAAAGCCAAGUACGCUGCUGCCACGGGGGGCCCUCCUCCCACCCCCCUGCCAAACAUGGAGAGGAUGACCCUGAAGAACAGGAUCUCACUUAUGGAUGGACCAGAUCCCACCUUGCCCUCCAUCCGCCUCCCACCAGGCCCCAGGCGCUGCAGCGAUGGUAACACCUAUGGCUACCCAUCAGCUCCAACAUUUCCCCACGAGGUGCAGGGCAACUGCACGAGGCGGGCAAGUGACCCGGUGAGGAGACCUCCAGGAGACCCCCAGGCUCUCCCACGAGUUCACCGCUUCAACAGCACCAACAGCGUGAACCCCUUCCAUGCUCCACACCCCACAGACAGGAGGAAUUUCGGUCUCCAGAGCUACGGGCGCUCCGAUGGGAACCUGCCCCGGCACACCUACUCACCCCGACCGCUGAGCAUCAGUGAAAACAUCGCCAUGGAAGCCAUGUCCGCGGAGACGGACACGCCCAUCGGAGACGACGACAUCGUGCUGCCGGAUGACGUGGUGCAGUACAUCAAAUCCCAGAGCAAUGGGGCAGCGGCCGAGAGCACUUCCAUGGGGUACAGCAAUGAGAUGCAGAACUUCCAAGGAAGUGGGAAGCUGCAGCCUCCAGCCUUGCCCAGCCAGCGCAGGAUGGCRGUGGCUGAGGCAAGCAUGAGCCACUUGGGACCCAUGAUGGCAGAGUGUUCCGUGAGUUUUGAUACUUCUUCAGACAUGAAUAAAAAUAACAUGCCUGUGCAGUGGAAUGAAGUCAGCUCAGGCACAGUUGAUAUCAUGUCCAAUCAGUCAAAGCAGCAGUUUUCACAAGGGAAUUUAGCCGUGGUCCAGCAGAAGCAGAACUUUGGUCAGUACCAGAACUACAACCAGCAGCAGAUGCAGCUGCCAGACAACAGCAUGAAUGUACCACAGCAGAGCUUUAUGCAGAGAAACGUGGGCAUGGAUGGGCAGAGACUCAACUGCAUGCAGCUGCGGCAGCAGCCCAUGGGCCUGGGCCCCAGCACGAAUCCCGAAAUGGGCUUGCACACAGGGUACAACCAGCCUCAUCAGAUGCUGAGCCCCAGUGCAAUCACUAACAACCCAAAUCAGAUGUCUCCUAACUGUAGCAACAUGGCAGCAAAGUCGGGACCCCACCUUCACCCUCAGCAAAUGGACAUGGCGACCGACCCUUCUUUGAUGGUCAGGAGCAGCAGUGAGCGCACAGUGCUGGGACAGGUCAUGCACGAACCGAGUCAGCAGAACUACUCAUCUCAGCCAAGCCACCUGAAUUUCCCCAUGGCUCAGGAGAGCUUUCCUCAGCCCAUCAUGGCCUCCAAUCAGCCCGGAUUCGAGGCUCAGCAGAGCGUGAUGGGUUCAGCUGCGCAGGCGUAUCCGCCCGGCAUGAUCCAGCCUCGCCCUCCCGCCGAGCCAAACCCGGGCAGCAGAGCCCGAGGGCUCCGCACUGCCCAGCAGCUGGGCUACAUGAGAGCUGCCCAGGCUACCAACACCGCCAGCCCGGCCCAGGACACCAUGGAGGCCAUGCAUAAAAGAAACAAUGACAUGUUGCUGGCACCAGCCCAGCAGUGCACGGACGGCACGAGGGACAACAGCUUGAUGUACUACUACGGCCAAAUCCACAUGUACGAGCAGAACAGCGGCUUCGAUAACCACGCGGACUGUCGGGUCAGGCAGCAGCAGUGCGCACAAAGCAGCAAGCCGGCCACUCUGCCUUCCCCAGGAACGAACCAGGUGUCCAGCACAGUGGACUCUCAAGGUCUUGAGCCGCCCCAGAUAGAUUUUGAUGCCAUCAUGGACGAUGGGGACCAUUCAAGCCUGAUGUCGGGAACCCUGAGCCCCAGCAUCCUGCAGAACCUCUCCCAGAACUCCUCUCGCCUGACGACUCCACGAAACUCUCUGACACUGCCCACCAUACCUGCGGGGAUAAGCAAUAUGGCAAUAGGUGAUAUGAGCUCCAUGCUAACCACSCUGGCGGAAGAGAGUAAAUUUCUAAACAUGAUGUCGUAACGGUAAAGCACAAGGCCUUGGUGCUAUCCAAGGGGCUCUGCGUGAAGCAGUUGUAUGAAUGUGCUUUUCAAAAAUAAUGUUUCAAUAGAGUAGGGUUUUUUAUAAGUGUUAAAUACAUUAAAGGAUUUCAAAAUGAAAAUUUUUAAAAGUCUGUGUACAGAAUUAUGUAAACUAUAUGCAGGCAGUUCAGUACCACAAGGGUGCUCCUCUASUAUUAUUUCUUUGGCUUGGUCUCCCGGAGCAUUGAACAGUAUCACCACCAAGCUAGGAGACAGCAUGAGGGUGAUUACAGAUGAAACGCUGCCUUCCAGGAAGCCCUGUAAAUAGCACUCCCCAUCAUUUUCCGUUACUUGCAUUUGCAAAAAAAUUCCGUUUUCAACCUGCCCCAGAAAGAAAUGGGAGGAUGCGGUUUUGGUUAGAAUAAAAGCCAUACUAUGUAUUCUGCUCUGAUGAGAGUAGGAUUUAGUUAGGUCUCCAAACCAGCCUUCUGCCAGCAGUAUUGUUUUAUACCGUAAAUACCUUUGUACCUUGCAAAGAGCAAUGAUUCCAAACRGCUUCUCAGCAAAGUGCCUUACCAUGCUUUCUUGUUAAGUAGCCAAGGCCUCUCUUCCUUUAAAAAUCAAAUAUAGUGUAUUGUCAGAAGCAUAUAUAAAAUGUACAUUUAUAAAAACAUAGUGGUGUUUCUGAGAAAACAUUGGAAAGACACAUUGAUGAGACACAUAAAAGGUGAAUGCACACUUUGAUCAGAUGUGUUUACAACGUGGUUUAUAUCAUGUGCGGAGUGGAGCAGAGGCCUGGGAACAGCAAUCACUGGGAAAUAAUCCCUUGUGGCAGGAAGGCUCUGGUGUGCAGGCUGACACACAUGCAUAACUUUGCACCUCCCGAGCACACUGACUUUUUCUGCGAGUGCCCCACAUGCAUCUUUAAUGUCAGAGUGCUGGAGCACACAUCGCCACAUCCCGGUGCAGCUUUGCAGCAGCUUUGCUCUCUGGUGGGUUCUCCAUGCUGAGGUGCUCCAUAUACAAGUGAUGGUGAUGGAGAGAGUUUUGAGAUUGUUCCAGCCCAACGUGCAUGGUGGCAGCACUGGGGGAGCAGGUUUAUCUGUUAUCUCCCCAGGGUUCAUCUGUGUGAUGUGCUCAGUGCAGGCUCUGCCUGGGCUACAUGCACACAACAGGCACCUGGCUGCACUGAUGUGGGGCCAAGCACGAGCCAGUACACCCUGCCCUACAUGCAGGCUGGUUGGCAUGCACCCACUGCCACAUUCAAGUGUCCCACCGCAUGAAAAARAAUUGCUGUGUCCAAAAAAUAUAGCACAGUCAAGCCGGGCUGUUCAUUUGACUAGCAGACUGCACCUGCAGCCUGCAGCACCUGCACGAGCAGACUGCACCUGCAUCAACAAAUGUCUCGAUAGGCUCAAAACAGGUAUUUGAGUGAGAAUAGUAGCUUGGUCAGUGAGAAUCUCUUGGAAGCAUCAUUGGGGAAGAGAUGGGAGGAGCAGGGCCUCCAGAAGCCAAAUGCUCCACUGGGAUGUAACUGCACAUAAUAGUGAUCAUCUGUUUCCAGGACAGUCCCACCUGGGUACUGAAGUUAAUCUUAGUUGAAUUAUUUAUUUUUGCUGCCGUUAGACAAAAGGGUAGAAGCAGCAGGGUGCAUGUACUUGGGAAGAGGCCUUGGUUAACUUCAGACUGUGAUGGAUGAGGACAGCUCUUCUCAUCCUCCUCCCAUCCCAUAGCCUCAAACACUUUGUAACCCAUAUGUUGAAGGGCAGGGAACAGGUGUGACAUCUCCCCCAGGUUCUUAGAGCUGGACUGAGUUAGCAUCUGUAGAGCUUCACUCUCCUUCCCAUGUCCCCAUCAUAUCAGUGUGAUGUUCUCAUUUGCACCUGACCCCAUCCCCUKCAUGGCACCAGGACAGCUCUGUGAAGGUGCUUUCUGGUGUCUCUGCUUUCCUUUUGCACAAACUGAUGUCAGGAUCGCUCUUCCCAGCAUGACCGGGGGCUGACAGGAACAUGCCACGUGUUACCUCCRGGGAAGCUCUGAGAUGUCAGAUGGGCAGGAGCUGUGCUUGGCAGGGGUGGAUCGGGACAGCUUUGCUGCCAGGUAGCCCUGGGUGUGGCUGGGGCAGGGAGGUGCUGCUCAGCAUCCUGCAGUCACAUCCAUCCUCAUCCCAAAAGCAGAGAGUGCACACUGGGUGCUCUCAGCCCUGCCCUUCAGCCUUCAAUGACUCCUGCUGAUGUCCAGGGUGCAUGAGGACAGGGAAGCAAAGCAAGGUGCCCGGCURUUUGUGUCUCCUGUGAAAGUUGUGUUUAAAGGGAUUGUUUUAUAGUCUGCUGUAUAUAUUCUCCUGCAGUUACUGACCUUGCCCUUGCCUUUGCAUUUAUGAAAAGAGGGCAGAAAAUGUUUUAGGACAUUGUAUGUUGUCCUGGAUGCUUGGAAUACAACUGGGCAUCCCUUGUGCUGAGAUGGAUCGGGCUUUCRUGUGUCCUUCAACUGCUGAUCUGAUUUUUUUAACAGCUGCAUAGGGCAACGAUGGCUACUGGAUCCCUCCUCAUUAGCAAAAGUUCAAAAACAAAAGCAAAACCAAAUCUUCAAUGACUUGAGUUUUUUGGACUUUUCAGUGGUGGUCUUCCUUCAUUUAUUGAAAAAGUAUUAUAAUAAUCUUUCCAGCACUGUAUAUAUUMUGUAUAGAAGACAUCAUUACUAAAAGUACUGUAGGUGAAUUGUUCUGUCAAAUUUAUAUCUUAAGAACAUUUUUAGCUGUUUUCUACAUCAUAAGAAUGGAGGUAACAUGCUGAACCUGUAUAUAAACCUUUUGUACAUU